AUGGUUCUCUACACACUGGUGCGACGCACCGGCCUGAUCCAACUAACUACCAAGGACCAACUGCAGCAACCGCAAGAGCUCCUGCAACGCGUAAAGGGGGCAUUGCGCAGUGCACAAUCCAGGCUCAGUGCCUUAAAGCCGUUUGCACGUCCUGCGUCGCCAGACUAUCAUGGCAUCUCACUAAGUGGAGUAUCAUCAUGCCUUACGGACGUUGACUAUCUUCGGCCACAUCCAGCAAAUGCUACAGGCUAUCGUCUAGUUGUGACCAAUCCACACCCCUACCGCGUUUGUGAAAGUGAUGAAUCUCUUGUCCUUGGUACUGACGCGGAAUCCAGUACUGAGAGCCCAACUUCGUACAACCAACCGGUAGAAUCUCGCCCAGCCUUCUGGUUGGCUGAGAAAACGAUGGGGGACUUAUCUAUGUUUUCUGAGGCUGAUCGUGCGCUUCUUGAGCAAAUCAUGGGGCGCCUAUCUAACUGUUCUCAAAUUGACCAGGGGCUUCUUGAGCUUCUUGAAAGGACAGGGCGUGCUGCGCAAGAUUCACGACUCGGACGUAAUCAUGCUACCUCCAGGUUUUGA